AUUAUUCUGCUGAAGUUCAGUUUGUUAAAGCUUCAAACACUGCAUAGUGAUGGGCUCGAAACCUGACAAUUACGCCUACAGAAUAUGGCCACCGCGCAAAGCGCCCACGGACAGUAAGAUUAAGGACGUGCUACGGGUCGAAUCGAUCGAUCUGUGUUUCGAUGAAAAUGGGAAAACCUUUCACACGAAGUCCUACGAACUGAUGGCGAAAUCGCGCCCUACCAAACGUCCCCGACAGUUGGUCGUACGACGGGGUGCUCCGUUCACCGUGCGGUUGCUUUGUAGCCGAAAGUUUGAGCCGUCCGUAGACACGAUGGUGCUGGUGUUUGCGGUAGUUCCUUUUGGCGACGAUAAGGCCACUUUUGGCAGUGGAACCGAAACGUACGUGUUGGUGCAUCCGGACACUACUACCGUGGCAACGGAAGAUGGAGAACCGGUAGAUGACUGGGGAGCUGUGUUGGUAGAGAGUAAGGAUAAACCGAAAGGUAAGGAAGAGUUGACGCUGCACAUCACAACACCGUCCUUUGCGCCGGUUGCACGGUGGACGAUUCAAUUUCACACCCGAUUGGAUAGUACCGAUGCGAAGAGCUCCAUCGAGAUAAAGGACCACAUGUACCUGCUGUACAAUCCGUGGUGUAAGGACGAUGCGGUAUACAUGGAAGAUGAAGCUAGCAGGGAAGAGUACGUCUUGAACGAUAGUACAAACAUUUGCAAACCAGCGGGCAAAGGAUUCCGGAUGCAAAGCUGGUUUUUGGGUCAGUAUGAACCGACCGUUCUCGACUGUGCGCUGUUCAUCGUGUCGGAGGUUGGUAAUGUGAAGGCAGCUUCAACCAGCAAUCCGACGCUUGUGGUCAGAGCACUCACCGGAGCACUAAACAGCGCGACCGGCGGGUACGGUGUACUGCAAGGAAACUGGUCGGGAAAGUAUAGCGAUGGAACAGCACCAACAUCCUGGAGCGGUUCGGUGAAGAUACUGCAGGAGUUUUACGAUACGGGCGAAACCGUUAAAUACGGCCAGUGUUGGGUGUUCGGUGGUGUGUUUACGACUGUUUGCCGUGCGAUCGGUAUACCGAGCCGAGUAAUAACAAACUUUGAAUCUGCCGGCGAUCAUGACGCUUCACUAUCGAUCGACUACUUUGUGGACGACACGGAAAACACGGCCACCGGCAUGACGGUGGAUUCGAUCUGGAACUAUCACGUAUGGAACGAGGCGUGGAUGAAGCGAAAGGAUCUGCAAAAUCCCACCUUUGACGGUUGGCAGGUGGUAGACGCGACACCGCAACAGCUUUCCGAUGGCAUGUACAAGUGUGGUCCGUGUCCGGUCGGUGCGAUCAAGCAGGGCUUCGUGCACAUACCGUUCGAUGGUAACUUCAUCUAUGCGGAGGUGAAUGCCGACGUCAUUUAUUGGUCGAUGGGCAACGAUCAAAAUCCACCGAAACCGCUCUCGAUCAACACGAAUCAAAUUGGACGGGAUAUGAGCACGAAGGCGAUCGGAUCGACCGACCGGGUGGAUAUAACCGAUCAGUACAAGCCACCGGAAGGAUCGAAGGAAGAACGCGAAGUGAUGAAGUUGGCCAUGCAGUACAGCUCGCAGCGCUUCAGCAGUGCCGGGUUGGCGAAACGCUUACUCGGCCACAUGGUGAACGAAAGCAAUGGUAACGAGGAAGCGAUAAAGAUAGAUAUAAAGUCUGACGAAGAGAUGGCGAUCGGUUCGACGUUCCAGUUCGAGCUGAUCAUUACCAGUACCAGUGGGUUUAGUCCGGUCCAGGUAAGUGGCAAACUGGUGCUGAAGGAUUCCGACUAUACCGGACGGCACGUGGAAACGCUGAAGCAGCAAUCGUUUGCCGUCCAGCUGGAACCGCUGGCGUCCAAAACAAUCCUAAUACCGUUGAGUUUUGAGGAAUACAGCAAAACUAUACCGAACAAAACGAACAUCAAAGCGAUCUGUACGGCGGAGGUAAAGGGUAGCGAUAAGACGUACCUAAAGGUGCAAAAUUUCCAUCUCACAACACCAACGAUUGAGCUGACGCUGAUCGAGCACAGUGUUGCGGGCCCGAUUGCGGUGCAGGUGGAUUUGCGGAACCCGCUACCGGUUCCACUGACCCGAGGUCGCUUCGUUGUGGAAGGAUCGCGCUUUACCGAUCCGCUAGAGAAAAAGUACGAUCUCAUCCCGGUCGGAGAAGCAGUACAAUUUAUUUAUCCUAUAAAUCUAACGCACAAAGGGAAAAUGACCGUAUCUGCAUCAUUUAUCUCGGAAGAGCUGAAAAAUGUACACGGAGAUCUCGUGAUACAGAUUCCUAAAUAGCGAGUGGAAUGAAAAAGAAAAGAUAAUAAUAAAUUAAUAAAAUAUUUUUUAUAGUACAAAACUAACUCGAAUAAAAAACCGAAGUGUUACUUUA